CCCCAUUAUCCCCUUGUCCUGCUGUGUCUUCAUUCUUCCCUCCUCAAUCUCGAUCGUACAUCUCUGCAAUCGCCGUGCACCCGUCACCAUCCCGCACCGAAAGCGUGGCGAGACGCUCUCUGAAGAGGACGGCCGCAUGUGAACCUACGCCUACUCGACCACACACUUCUUGCUGCCGCAACCAUGGCCGUGACCAAGCGUGCCGGGCGGAAGACCGCCGCGGCGCAAGGCCAACCCCAACCCUCCCACGGCGGGGGCGGGGGCGCACCGCAGAUUCGCAAGGCGGCAUAUGAGACGACGAAGAAGAAAGAGGUGGGAGUCUCCGACCUGACGCUGAUCAGCAAGAUCUCCAACGAAGCCAUCAACGACAACCUCAAGAAGCGAUUCGAGAAUGCCGAAAUCUACACCUACAUCGGCCACGUCCUGGUCUCGGUCAACCCCUUCCGCGACCUGGGCAUCUACACCGAUCAGGUGCUGGACAGCUACCGAGGGAAGAACAGACUGGAGGUUCCUCCCCACGUUUUCGCAAUCGCGGAGAGCUCAUACUACAACAUGAAGGCCUAUCGUGAGAACCAGUGUGUCAUCAUCUCCGGCGAGUCCGGCGCGGGCAAGACCGAGGCGGCCAAGAGACUCAUGCAGUACAUUGCAAACGUGUCGGGCGGUAGCAAUACCUCCAUCCAGGAGAUCAAGGAUAUGGUGCUCGCCACGAACCCACUGCUCGAGUCUUUCGGCAACGCAAAGACGCUGCGCAACAACAACUCUUCGCGCUUCGGCAAAUACCUCGAGAUCCAAUUCAACGCGCAGGGUGAGCCGGUCGGCGCGAACAUCAACAAUUACCUUCUGGAGAAGAGCAGAGUGGUGGGCCAGAUUCGAGACGAACGAAACUUCCACAUCUUCUACCAAUUCUCCAAGGCCGCCAGCCAAGAGCAUCGCACAAACUUUGGCGUGCAACAACCCACCACAUACACCUAUACCAGCAAGAGCAAAUGCUACGACGUGCAGGGCAUCGAUGACAUGGCGGAUUUCAAGGACACGCUGAACGCCAUGCAGGUGAUUGGCAUGAGCAAGGCCGAGCAGGACCAGGUCUUUCGCAUGCUUGCCGCCAUCUUGUGGAUUGGCAAUGUUGCUUUCCGCGAGGACGAGCAAGGCAAUGCUGCCAUUGCCGACAACUCUGUCGUGGACUUUGUCGCGUAUCUGCUCGAAGUCGAAUCGUCGCACGUCAACAAGGCAAUGACCGUCCGAAUCAUCGAGACCAGCCGUGGUGGCCGACGAGGCUCCAUCUACGAUUCUCCCAUGAACAUUGCCCAGGCAACGGCGGUGCGAGACGCCGUCGCCAAGGCCAUCUACAACAACAUGUUCGACUGGAUUGUUGAUCGCGUAAACCGCGCGCUCAAAGCUCGUGGAACCCUCGCGCACAGCAUCGGCAUUCUGGACAUCUACGGCUUCGAGAUCUUCGAGCGCAACUCGUUCGAGCAGCUGUGUAUCAACUACGUCAACGAGAAGCUCCAGCAGAUCUUCAUUCAAUUAACCCUCAAGGCUGAGCAGGAAGAGUACGAGAGGGAGCAGAUCCAGUGGACGCCGAUCAAGUAUUUUGACAACAAAGUGGUCUGCGAGCUGAUCGAGGAAAAGAGGCCGCCUGGGGUGUUCUCGGCGCUCAAUGACGCCUGCGCUACGGCACAUGCCGAUCCGGCGGCUGCAGAUCAGACCUUCGUGCAGCGACUGAACGCGCUGUCUGGAAACCCAAACUUUGCCCCCCGUCAAGGGCAGUUCGUCAUCAAGCACUACGCCGGUGACGUGAACUAUGCGGUCGAUGGCAUGACGGACAAGAACAAGGACCAGCUGCUGAAGGACAUUCUCAAUCUGUUUGGCGAGAGCUCGAACCAGUUCAUCCAUACCCUCUUCCCGCACGAAGUGGACCAAGACAACCGACGACGACCCCCGACUGCCGGCGACAAAAUCAAGUCUUCUGCGAACGACUUGGUGGGUGCGCUCAUGAAAUGCUCGCCAAGCUAUAUCCGCACCAUUAAACCGAACGAAAACAAGAGUCCCACCGAGUACAACGUGCCGAAUGUGCUGCAUCAGAUCAAGUAUCUUGGUCUGCAAGAGAACGUGCGCAUUCGUCGGGCUGGCUUUGCAUCGCGACAGACUUUUGAGAAAUUUGUGGAGCGUUUCUACUUGCUUUCGCCGAAAUGUAGCUACGCCGGAGAGUACACUUGGAGCGGCGAUGCCAAGUCUGGAGUGCGCCAGAUCCUCAAAGACACCAGUAUUCCUCCAGAGGAAUGGCAAAUGGGCAUCACCAAGGUCUUCGUCAAAACUCCGGAGACGCUCUUCGCGCUCGAGACGAUGCGGGACAAGUAUUGGCACAACAUGGCCAUUCGUAUCCAGCGAGCAUGGCGGAACUAUCUCAGAUACCGGACGGAGUGCGCCAUCCGCAUUCAGAAAUUCUGGCGGAAGAAGUCUGGCGGCGAGCCGUUCCAAGUCCUUCGUGAUGAAGGCCACCGACUGCUCGGUGGGCGGAUGGAACGGAGACGCUACUCUCUUGUUGGCUAUCGAAGGUUCCUGGGCGACUACCUUGGUAUCGACAACCGGGGUGGCACUGGCGAGCUGCUGCGAAAUAGUGCCGGCAUCGGAUCGGGCGAGAAGACGUUCUUCUCGUGUCGUUGCGAAGUCUUGGUCUCGAAGCUCGGCCGAUCGAGCAAGCCGGAGCCCAGGUUUCUCGUGCUGACGAACAAGAGCGUCUACAUCAUCAAACAGGCGCUGGUGAACAAGCAGCUCCAGAUUUUUGCCGAGCGAACGAUUCCGCUUGGAGCGAUUCGAUUCAUCAGCACGAGUAGUUUGAAGGACGAUUGGUUCUCAAUUGGUGCCGGAAGCCCACAGGAGCCGGAUCCUUUGGUGAAUUGCGUCUUCAAGACCGAGUUCUUCACGCAACUCCAUCAAGCCACGCGCGGUGCGACACAAUUGCAGAUUGGCGACUCGAUCCAGUACAACAAGAAACCGGGCAAGCCGUCGAUGGUGAAAGCGGUCAAGGACUCAACAGUGCGUCGGGACGAUCUCUACAAAUCUGGACAGAUUCACACCGGUCAAGGCGAGCCGGCGAAUAGCGUUAGCAGACCUACGCCGAAAGGCCGAAGUGUGCCUGGCAAAGCGAUUACGAGUGGCAAGUUGCUCAAGAAGAGUGAGGGGGGCAAGCUCUCUCAGGCGGCCAGGAGACCACCUCCUCAGAGUCGGCCGCUGCCCGGCCAAUCCACUGCCAGGGCACCCGCGGCGGAGAGGAUCGUGCCGAUGCCGAUGCCUGUGCAGUCUCAGCCCGUCGCCGCCGCCAUUCCGAAUGGAAUCGGGGGCCAGAACAGGCACGUCGCUGCUGCACCAGCAGCUUCGGCUGGACGAGCGGUGCCGCCACCGCCGCCUCCUCCUCCUGCGGCCGCUCCACCCAAAGACCCGCAGUACAAGGCACUUUACGACUUCGCUGGCCAGACCGCCGGCGAGCUGAGCUUGAAACAGGGUGAGAUCAUCUUCAUCACCACAAAGGAGACCAAUGGAUGGUGGCUCGGCAGUAGACUCGACAAGUCCGCUUCGGGAUGGACACCCGCAGCCUAUCUGGAAGAAGUGCGAGCCGCACCGCCUCCCCCGCCGGUAGCAGCACGACCGCCACCACCUCCGGCCCCUGCAGCGGCGAAUGGUGGCGCUCCCGCCGUCAAAGCCAAGCCGGGCGCGCCCCUUCCUCCCGCCAAGCGGCCUGUAGGCCGUGCGAAGGCCGCCGCUCCCGGUACGCCGAGAGACAGUGGGUACUCCAACGGCGGUACGCCGACUGGAAGCGGAGCUGCGACGCCGUCUGGACCGGCUGGCGGCGGGCCGAGCAUUGCUGGUGGAUUGGCGGAGGCGUUGCGGGCGCGGUCAAAGGCUAUGCACACUGAUGAUCAGGAUGGCGAUUGGUGAUCGCAAAGGCAGGCACGGAGGGGGAAGUGGUUGGAAUGCGAUGGUGCAGUUGGAUGAUA